AUGUGCUACGUUGUUUCACUGGUCAUCUUCGGGUCAGCCAUUGGACUCAAGUACUUCCGGCUCAACUCUGAGAGUGAAGGACACCCUAUUGAUCUAUCAUCUUUUGGAAUCGAUUACGUACCUUCUCCUUCUAAAAGAUCUCUCUAUGAAACACAUGGAACCUUCUCAUUACCCCAAUACUUGAAAGAUUUGCCCCAAACAAGCAAAGAUUUUGAGUCUUUCGCUUGCAAUGGUAUGUUGGAUUUUAUGAGUAUCCUGGAGGCUAAGUGUCCUGGCACAGCAGAGUUCAAGGAUUUCUUUGCAAAGGUAGAGGACUACAUGACGACCUUCAAGUCCGGAUCAAAAGACAUCAAGGUCGAGAUGUCAGAUAAAUCUGAGAAGCUCUUCAGGGCUAUGUCUUUAUUGGAUGGUGGUAAAGCCGGAACAGUGGAAUCGUGGAGAAUGAUCGAUGGUAUGUUGUCAAUGGGAAAGCUUUUGGCUGAGGUGAAGCAGAAUGGUUCGAAAGAUUUAACUUUUGAUCAAAGGAAAGAAGUGAUCGGAACUAUGGUGAAAUGGGCUCGAGCUAUGGGUCUCUUCGUGAAGGUGGCCUCUGAGAAGAAAGGAAAAUCUAUUGACCUAUCAUCUUUUGGGAUUGAUUAUACUCAUUAUUAUUCAACUCUUCCUCUAAAAGGACCUAACGGCUAG